AAAUAACCAAACAUGAAACCCUAACCCGUCCUUUAAAGGGGCAUCGUUUGUUUCUGUCAUCACGUUCAGAAGUAGAUAAGUAAACAAACGGACGUUUCAGCGGGUUGGGGAUCUUGUUAUUAAUAAUCUUCGUCUCAGCCCAGGUAACAGACAGAACGAUCGGUAUCACUACUGCCAGAGCCAGGUACCCGGUUUAAACUCUGGGAUCGAUAAAAUUCCACCCGUUACACAACCCUAAUACAACAUAACAUCUUCUUACGAGGUUUACUGUUGUUUGCGGCAUUUUUUACCUGUACACAAAUGAUCACAGGUAAAUCCUUCUCCAACAGGUACAUACAUGGUAACCAGCACUAAUUCCUUUCAGCCUCAUUGGCUGAUUAUUCACAGCCCGCUCGACAGGUAUUGUGUUUGGCCGGUGUACCUGAGCCGCCCCUUCGUGUGCCUCUUUAGUGAGGCAGCACGCAUGCUCCAAGAAUCAUCUUGGUCAUUUCACAUCCGAACGGAUAAGCAGCAGUCCGGACGCUUACAUCAUGUCUCGGCGAAAACAGGCCAACCCCAGGCCUCUUAAAGCUCUGGAUGACAACAUUGAGGCAGACCAUAAUGAAAGCAUUUCCAAUAUUUCCUACAAAAUGGUGUCCGUUCCGGACCACAUACAGCUUAAUGGGGAAACCGAACGGGACUCGGACCCCGAUGACUUUGAUGAAUAUGGUCCCUUAGUUGUCGAUACCUCGAGGCAGGCAAUAGAUGACGAUGAUGAGAAAGAUAACAUAGACCAAGCUGGUCUCCAUCUCGAUGAAACACAACCUGAUCUAGGACCUCACCUGAGCGCCAAAUUGUCCUCGGUCAUUGAGUCUGUAGCAGGUCAGGAAGACGUACAUUCUAGUCAGUCUCUAACAGAUCUCCAUCACCAGUCUGCAGACAACCAUCUUUCCCUCGUCAACGACGACUCAAAUUUAUCAACAUCCAGAACUCCGUCCAUAUCAUCUUCGGACCAGCUUAGUCCCGGAGGUUACAGUUCUAGUAUUUCCUCGUCGAAGACUCAUCGCCGGGGAGUCAGGAACCACUGUUUAAGUAGCGAGAAGGAUUUAAGCCCCAAGGACGAUGAAACUGAAAACAAGAUCCUACCUGUAGCCAGCGAGACUGGUGAAAGUCGCUAUGUCUGUCCAAUCUGUAACGAAACCUUGUCCUCAUCCCACGAGUUAACCGUCCACAUCCGAACUCACAACACCAACACAGGCUCAGCCUCACAGUCAAAUUCCUGUACAAUCUGCGGAAAGAGUCUUAGUUCGCAGAGCUCCCUCGACAGACACAUGUUGGUCCACUCAGGUGAACGACCUUUUAGGUGCAAAUACUGCAACAUGUCAUUUACGACAAAUGGCAACAUGCACAGACACAUGCGCAUCCACACAAAGGAAAGCGAGAUGAAUGCAGGUGGUAUGAAGGUUCAAAGGAAGCGAGCACCAUCUUGGAAACCUAAACUUAACAGUUUUAUCCAUAUAGAGCCAGCACCAUCACCCAAGCAUGCCGGAGGAUUGACCGGGUCUCCACGGGUUUUGGGAAAUGAGUUGAUCCAGGGAUCCCCUCAACUUGCUAAAGAGCUCACCUCCAACACUAGAUUUCAGUUUAAUAAAACAUCGACCCCAAAGAUGCCUAUAACCCCGGGCACAAAAAGAUCUUUCAACUUCAUCAACGUUUCUCCUGGGGAAUGGUCAAUGCCCUCGCUCAAGCGUAACAAAUUGUUUGAAGAGGGAGUGAAGAUAGAGAACGACACAGCACAAUCCAGUCAACAAGCUGUUCCAAGAAGUGAUUCUCCUCCUGCAGAAAAACCUGAGGAUAUGGAGGUAUUUGAAGGUGAUGACAAGGAAGUUGAGCAGCUCCAUUGCCCUGUCUGUAACAAGGCAUUCAUCUGUAAAUAUGGUCUGGAGAAUCACAUCCGCGAGAGCCACCCCAACUUCUCGCUCAAGUGCAACCUGUGUCACAUGACCUUCCACACUCUGCGCAGCCUCAGUCUACACAAGACGUUGGUGCAUGCAAAGGCGCAGGCAACAGAGAAGGAAGGCGAAGAGUGUAAGGAGGACGUCCAGGUAGCCACCACAGCCGUUAUAGGAUUUUACGAUCUCAGCUUUGUCGACUUCUCCAUCAAAAAGUUUUCUCUGAUCGCAAAGUCGUGGUGUGAGCAGAAUGCGAGGAAGUCAAGCAGUGUUUAUCACAAUUUUGUUUGCAAGGAAUGCUCAAAAGCAUUUCCAUGCAAAGGUGCAUUGAAGCUGCAUCUUAACACCCACAGUCGAGCCAAGACGUCUCAAUGUCCCCUCUGCGAGUGUGACUAUAUGACAACUAAAGAACUCCAUAUGCAUAUGAUAAAACACAUGUCAGACAAGGCUUUCACAGAUGCCCAGAAACCUGCUCAAUCAAAUCGUCGCAAACCACCGAAAGACACGAAAUCUGAAGAAGUCGGUAAACAUGAUUUUUUGGCUUCGUUUGGGCUCACUGCCAAUGUGGAGUCUUUAGAUGUAACGGAAAAGGAGCAGAAAUCAAUCUCCUCUGGCAACAACUUCAAAAUUUUGGAACGAAAAGAAAACAAUGAAUACUUCGCAAAACUUGGACAAAUAUUCUCACCAACUGUCUCGCCAAUUAAUCCGUCCAAGAAAACAGAGUCUGCCGACAAUGAAAAUGACUUUGCAAACAUCGCCAAGAUUUUGCAGACGUCUGCCACAGGAGGACUUCUUGCUGGUCUGCCAGGUCACGUUGCUGGUUUAGAACAGCUUAGUCUGCUCAACCCAUCUCAGCUGGCAGCAUUCAUGCCAUCACUCAUGAAUUACAAUCAUCCGUCCUUCCCCUCAACAAUGGCCGCCAUGAUGAGUGCAAGUCACAUGAUCAAUCUAGCCAAUCAGGGAACUUCUAGUCCACUUUCCACACCCCCACCUCCCAGCGAAGGCAACAGCAGUGGUACCAGUGCAUCUUCGCCGAGCAAUGAUUCUAAGAUUGCUUUCCCGUGCAAAUACUGCGACCUUGUCUUCCCGAAUUACAGAGCUCUGAAAAGUCACACCCGUACCCAUUUAGGUCUGUCGCCGUACAAAUGUAACCUGUGUAGUUAUAGCAGCGCCGACAAGAGCACUCUUAUCCGGCACCUCCGCACACACAAUGGCGAGCGCCCCUUCCAGUGUCGUGUCUGCGACUUCGCCUUCACUACCAAGGCCAACUGUGAACGACACGUCAGGAAGAAGCAUGGUAAAAUAAUUAAGGAGGAUAUUGAGAUGGCGAUCGGAUACAACAAAUAUGUUUCCGAAAAUUCUACCAUGGAUUCCUUCCACUCCCCGGACACAGUCUGCAAGUACUGCGGUGUCGACUUCAAGUUCUUCCGCGCCCUGAAACACCAUUUGAGGUCACACAGUAGCUGUCGCCAGAAGCCAUUCCAGUGUACACGCUGUGAUGUUGGCUUCUCCACGAAGGCAAACUGUAUCCGCCACAUCCAAAAACAGCACACGGAAAUCUCACAAAAUCUCAUUGAACAGCAUAUUCUCAUCCACGAGCCACUCCCUGGAGAAGGAAGUGACCGUUCUGAUGGCGCCCUCUCUGAUGACAACACAAGUCAAGAAUCGUCUAACCCACCAGUUGCUCACUCGAAUUCCCGACUGAUUUUGACCCCGAAUAGUAGUCGUGCUCAGUCUCCGAUGGUUAUAAAGACCGAGCCACUCGACCAUGACAUGGAAGACACACCGUUGGAUUUUAGUGUGAGGUCCUCAUCCGCGAGCUCUACUCCAAGUAUAAUACCUAAGACAACACCAAGCAAAAAGACCCUGAAGUCUCAAACCGAUGAACUCCCAAUAGAUCUGUCAAUCAAGAAAAAGGAAGAAAGCCCUAUUCCAGUGAUGUCACCCAGUAACAAGCAGAAGAUUAUGUAUGACAACAACCUUCACCAAUGUCAAUUCUGUCCAAUGGGUUUCUCAAAUCAGCGCGUCCUUGAUCGGCACAUUUGGCAACUCCACCCUCAGAUUGCCGAAGUGAUGGGCAAACAUUACUUUACUCCCAUCCUUCCGUCCCCGGCUGAUAAGUCGGUGACUUCCGGCAAUCUACGACUCCCACUGAAGCCUCCAAUUGGUGAUGCCACUAUGGACUCCAGAUCCCUAACCCCAAAGUCAAAUAACUCGGAACCAAGAAAGCUGUCUAUCUUGGACAGGAUCAAACGUGAGGCCUAUUCUCCAUCAGGAAGCUCUCAAGGUACUGACACUAAUUGUGACCUGGCCUCCGUCAAGAAAAUCAUAGAUACCACCAACGCCAACCAUUUUCAGCUGUACCUACAAGAGAAUAUCGGAGACUCGGACUCUCAGGACCGCAGCGAGGCUGCUGACGGAGAAUACGAGGAUUUGGACAUGCCGGAAAUUUCCGACACGGACCGAGAAGAAUCUGCGCUUGUAAUCGCUGAAGAUCCUCCAGUGCUGAGUCCCCGCUCCAAGGCCGACACUAACUCUGAGACAAGAAGCCUGAACGGUGAUGAUGAAAUGCCCGACCUCAACAAACUUUUGAGCAGUGAACUUCGUCAACAGAUCCAAGCCGCACAGCAAGUCGAGCGAGAGUAUGCCCCGAACCAUCAGGUGGAAAAGGUCAAGGGAGACAACAGCACAAAAAAGAAGCGUAACUCGUAUGCAGAUUCUCCCCAUAAACUGCAGUGUCCCUACUGCACACGUACAUUUCCCUGGGUUAGCUCCCUUACAAGACAUCUCCUCACCCAUACAGGACAAAAACCAUUCAAGUGCCCUAAGUGUCCAGUGACAUUUUCAACAAAAUCGAACAGAGAGCGCCAUCUUAUCCGUAAGCAUGGUGUGAACAUGAUGGAUCCGAUGUCUCGUCAGACCAUGGAUAGACCUUAUAAAUGUCAUCUUUGUGUCUUCAGCUCUUUUUCUACACAAGGAAACCUGUUGAAGCACUAUAAGGAACGCCACAGUGGCUGCAGUCUACCCGAGUCUCUUGUUGACCUCGAUAAGGCCGUAACGACAGGACUAGCGACAACCUUGAGUGGUGAGGAACGAUCAAUUGCAAGGGACAAGGCACUAGGAAUCGCUAGGGAUGAUGUCCUGGAGAACAGCUCCUACGCCGCUGAGGAACAGCUUAACCAAUCAAUGGAGAAUGAGCGCCCAGAUGAUCGUUUCAUGACUAUAAACAUCGAAUCGGGCUGUAAAUCUGAUAACGAGGAUGAGGAAGAACUUGACCUGACACCCUCUGGAAUGCCAACCAUGCCAACCAUGGAGGAUAUCAACAAUUCGAUCAACAGCAGCCUCAACACCUCCGUAAAACAGUUCGCCGGCUCAGCAGAACGACAGAUCAACCCAGAGCGCGACAACUACAACGUCGACAAGAUAACAGACUGCUGGAAUUGCGGCGAGAAGUUCGUAUCCCGUAAGUUACUGGUACGACAUCUCAAAGAACACAACAUCGAUCUGCCGUUCAAGUGCUACCUUUGCGAUGCUUCCUACGACGUCCGCCUGGAUUGUCUCAUUCACCAGGAGAAGUUUCACUCUUCCGACUGGGUUAUCCUCAAGGAUAAAAACAAGGUCGACGACAUCGACUCGUUUUCCCGUCACAUGGACAAGGUGGUCGAAAACAAUUGUAACAAAGUCGACCAAGGCGUUAUCCUUGAGAUUCCAGGCCAGAGUGCAGACGACCCCAAGAUGGAAGUCGUGUCAGCCGACUACAUGCAGCGUAAAGUCUACUGCUCUCUGUGUCCUAAACGCUUCUGGUCCCUGCAGGAUCUGCGGCGCCACAUGAGGUCCCACACAGGUGAAAGACCAUUUGAAUGCGACAUCUGUCAGAAACGGUUCACCCUGAAGCACAGUAUGAUGAGACAUCGUAAGAAACACAUGGAGUCUGGCUCUCUCAGCCCAAGCGAUGACGAGGAAACCAACCCCACUGUAGACGAUUUGUCUCAUCUAAAGAUCAAGGGUCCACGCCUGCUGCCGAAGCCAAGCCCAAAUAUGGUUGUGAAACAAACAUCAAUCCCCAUCCAGUUGUCUCAGCCUCGUCCCAUCAGGCCGAUAGCCAACAUGGCCGCCAUUCCGGUUAUCGCUACGAUGCCGACCAUGGCUACCAUGUCACCUAUGCCAACUAUUCACCUGAGUAAUAGUUACAACUCUGUCAGCAUCAAUGGAGACAAGGCAGCGGAAGGAAAGGUUAAGGUCAGUGUUAGCAGCAAUAGAACGCCUUCUUUGGCCACCUCAGUGACCGCCACCUUGGGGUCACUUGGUGAGGACAAGGACAACGACAUGUUACACAGCCUGCUAGGUGUGGAGAUGGGCUCGAUUGAUAGCAUGUUGGACUCGGCAGAUAGUGCGGCAAGGCUCCUUGGAGUCAAUUAAACAACUUUUCAUCUCAUCUUGGACAGCACGCUGGACUUGGCAGCCUGUGUCACGAAGCUCUUUUGAGUCAGAUGAUCUGUCAUGUCAUCUUAGACGGCAUGCUGGACUUGGCAGACUCUGUCACAUGGCACCUUCGAGUCGGACGAUCUUUCAUCUCUUCUUGGAUAGCAUGUUGAACACGACAGACAGCUCUGCCAGGUGCUUACAAUCAACUUAAUAACCUUUUGCCCCUCUGGGGACUUUGUGACACUCCUCGAAGUCAAGUUGGACAAUCCGUACCGUGACAUUAUCUAUCAACCAUGAUACUAAUAGAAUAAACGCCUACUCGGGGAUCAACCCUAUAAACCAGCAUGAGUCAGCAUUAGAACUCACUGGACUGAAAUUUUAGUCAACAUCAAAAUCAAAAACACAUGUUUAAUGAAAUAAGAUUUUGUAGAUUAUGCUUGACUAAGGCCACAACUGGAUAUAAGAUUUCGUAAAGAUCUCUAAAAUUAUACCCUGCCCGGGAUAUGAAAUUUGUAGAGACCGCUGGAAUCGUGUUGGAACUGCUGGGUGCAAGAUUUUGUAGACAUCUCUUAAAUCAUGCCCUGCUCAGGAUAAAAAAUUUUGUAGAGACCGCUGGAAUUGUGUUGGAACUACUUGAUAUAAGAUUUUUGUAGAGAUGUUUUAAACCAUGUGGGGACCCUGUUGGGAAUACAAAAUUUUGUAGAGACCGCUGGAAUCGUGUUGGAACUGCUGGGUGCAAGAUUUUUGUCGGGAGAGACCUUCAGAACUGCUUUAGACAUUAAUGUGUGUUGGAAUCGCUGUACUUGAUUUUGUGAUUUUCACCCGAUCUUGUGUGAUUUGUUUUCUAUAGAGACAACAGAAAUUAAUUGCGUGGAUGAAAUGAACAAUUCAUAGUGAACUGAUUUUGUGAAAAGAAAAUUGAUUGUUUUAAGAUUUAGAGGCUUGAAGUGUGAUUUAUACAUGUUCAAAAUAAUUUUCUACUUAAGAGAAAGUUAAUAGAGGUGUGUUAUAUGUACAUUUGUGAAUCUGUGAUAUUUCAUCAUAUGCAGGUAGUGUGUUAGAAUUAGAUUGUGAAGCGAGUGGGAGAACGGAAAACGCAGGGGCUUGUAUGCGACAGAAUAUAAAGUCGGUUCGAGUGCAGAAAUUUUGACACACCUGUGAUCGUUAACUAAUUAGAACAGCAUUAUGCAAACAAGAUGUAAAUGUGUUCAAUGUGCUUCUUUAACUUUGACAAAGUUGAUAAUUAAUGCAAUUUUUGUACAUAAUUUAUUCUAAAAUUUGUUUUGUACAUAUUACGAUAUUAUUAUCAGAUUUUGACAUUUGGCCACAUCUGAUAAAUUGUAUAUAGGCCGGCCAUGAUGACAGAACCAGAUAUAUAAUACAUAGGAUUGAUUAUAGCUUUUUAUGCUUUUAUGUAACAAAUGGUCCAGGGACCAAAUAUUGGGGAGAAUGUGGCCAUAGAAAUACCUGAGGGAGAUUUGUUGACAGUUGUUUUUGUGUAUAUUCCUGGACUUAAGUUUUUUGUGUGCCACAAUGACUAGCAAUAUCCCCCAAAGUGUUCAGUCCAAGGGAGAUAAUUCAUACUGGAUUCAAAAUCAAAUGCUGUAAAAUGAGUAAAUAUCUUUAAUGUUCUGUGAACAUCACAAGAAACUCUCGAGGCAUUUUAAAAUUUUCUCAGUCAUCUAAUGUUCUGUUGGGGUUUUUUUUUCCUUUAUUUUUUCCUUUUUUUUUUUUUUUGUUGUACAUUUUUUUUCGUAUUAUUUCAAAUAUUUACGAAACUAACCUAGUCUCUACAUCAAGAUCUGUAUUAUUUAUAUAAUAAAUUUAUUUAUAAUUUUAAUUAGGGUCACCAUGUUCAACUUUCACUUGUAGCUGUAGUUCAUUUUAGUCACCUUUGUUUUUUAUCAUUGUAUAGCUUAAAGGUAUAUAUAUAAAUAACAAUUUAUAAUUUAAAAUUAAUUUGAUGAUUAAUUAAUUCAAGUCUGAAUCAUUAUCAUGACAUUUACAGUUUAAAAAACUGUUUAUGAAAGAAGAUUCUUCCAGUCUGCUGGACAUAUAUUCAUUAUAAUGGGCGGUUAAUUUGCUCAAGUUUGGCUACAUCUUCAUUCUCAUGUUUAAGUUAUUUCUUCAUUUACUCAUUCCAGGAUUUUUACAUAUCUAGAUAUUUAUGACUCGUUAAUUGUUUAGUUUUCAAGGAAUUUAAUUUAAUGUUUAACCAAUCAAAACUUAGUGUGAAUGAGUGACAAGUUGUGUGGACGGACAAAAUUGAGACUACUUACAAAUUAUUCUGUUCCAAAUAUGACUUGUUCUCGCAAGAGAAUCAAUAUCGGAUACAUUCCUCUUAAUAUCAUGGAACAUGUGAUACAAAGCAACAUGUGAUUAUAACAGGAAAAUAGUUAAUGUGAAAAUAAUAUGAAGAAAUAUUUCAAAAGACAUUAAGCAUAAAACAGAGUCCUCUUUAUUUGCUCAGUUUAAUUAAUAUCAUCAAAGUUUGAGGGCAGCUAUUAAGAUUUAUUAAUAAUUUCCCUAGAUUUUAGUUUGUAUAUCACACCUGGCAAAGGGGACUAAAUGAAAGGAUGUCAACAAAAAUAAACCAAUAAUGGUCUGAAAUAGACUUUAUGGAAACUUCAUAUUAACAGAAAUUACCUAAACAUUACAUUAACAGAAAUUACAACAGCUUGACAUUAACAGAAAAUACAACAGCAUGACAUUAAGUGGAAUCAGUAUAUCUUGCUCAUUACUUACCCAAACAUAAUGCUGUUCUUGAUCCUCAAAGUUUUUUCGAUAUCCAAUAAAUGGAGUUUCUUGUAGGGAAGAUUUUGUUAAUAUUUCCCCAAAGUCAAAUCAUGAUAAUUUGUUGUAAAUUAAUUUUAAGUAUCAAUGAUAUACAUGCUCAACAGUUAAUUAAGGUGUCUCGUCACAUAGAGAUACCUGGAGAUGAAGUGGGCUUUGGUUAGAACUUAGGAAUUUGCUGUCUCAGAUGUUUGCAAGCUUUAGUGUAUGAACAGAAUAAUGAAAAUGUCUCAAGUCAUAGGCUCAAGUUACAUUCUAAUACCAAUAAGUGAAAAAUAAUUUACAAGAAACAUUCCAAGGUUUUUAAAAGUUUUUCUAAGGAGUAGGUUUAUGAGAAUUUUGUAAAAUAAAGACUGUAUAUGUAUAUUAUAUGUAUAUUUCAAUUGUUACAAUCUGCAUUCCCGAAGUUACAGAUCUUUCAAAUUGAUUUUCUGUUGAAAUUGUUUGUAAACAUUCCAGAUUUUCUUCAAGGGAUUAAAUGAAAUAUAUAUAUAUAUUUUUAAAACAAAUUUCCUAUUUUCAGAGUAUUGUGUACAUGCUGACUGUAUUUAUUUUAUUGUUUUACUGUGUGUUUUCCACAAGUGAUGGGUUAUUUCUUCUGGUGUUGAAAUAAACAUCUCAUCAAACUAAAAAAAAA